UAUCAGCUGCUGGGUGGGGAUAAAAUGCACAUUCCUGCCCCAGCCUGCCUCUAGUCCCAGCUCCUGGAUGGGCACAGCUCUCAUGGUGCUCUGGAUGGUUCUCCUCUGCACCUUGGUGUCAUCACUGCUCGGUGGGCUCUAUGUGCUGGGCGUGUUUCGGAGACAGAGACCCAAUGAGCCACCCCUGGACAAAGGUACCAUUCCCUGGCUGGGCCAUCUGCUGGAAUUCAGAAAGGACAGCUCAGAGUUUCUCAAAAGGAUGCAGAGCAAACACGGGGAUGUUUUCACGGUGCUGAUCGGUGGCCAUUACUUCACCUUUGUGAUGGAUCCCUUCUCCUUUGGCACCAUUGUGAAGGAAUCGCGAUCCAAACUGGACUUUCGGACUAGUGUAAUUCAGCUGGUCGUGCAGGCUUUUGGCUACAAGCCCACCGAAGCCACUUAUAGCAUAGUUCAUACAUCAAGCAUAAAGCAUCUGAUGGGAGCUGGCCUCACUGUCCUCACACAAGCCACCAUGGAGAGCUUUCGGAAGCUGCUGCUUUUCAAACUGAGCUCAGGAGAGAAGAGAGUGUGGCAGGAGGAAAACCUCUUCCACUACUGCUACAACAUUGUCUUCAGAGCUGGGUAUCUGGCUCUGUAUGGCACUGAGCCACCCCGAGGGGCAGGGAGCCAGGAAAAAGCUGAAGAGCAGGAUCGCCUCCACUCCAACCAGCUCUUCCAGGAGUUCCGUAAGUACGACCGCCUCUUCCCUUGCCUGGCCUAUGCUCUGCUGCCUCCCAAGGACAAAAGAGAGGCUGAGAGGCUGAAGAGACACUUCUGGAACGUGCUGUCUGUGAAGAAUGUCUGGCAGAAGGACAAUAUCAGUGGCUGGAUAAGUGAUCAAGACAAACUUCUGGCAGAAAAUGGUGUCCCUGAGUACAUGCGGGAGCGAUUCAUGUUCAUGCUCCUCUGGGCAUCCCAAGGCAACACGGGCCCGACUGCCUUCUGGCUCCUCUUGUAUCUGCUGAAGCACCCAGAGGCUCUGAAGGCUGUGAGAGAUGAGGUGGAUAAAGUCUUGAGGGAGAGUGGGCAGGAAGUAAAGGCAGGGAGCCCCCCAGUUACUGUCACUAGGGACAUGCUCAACCAGACCCCUCUGCUGGACAGUGCUCUGGAGGAGACCCUGAGGCUGGUGGCAGCCCCAAUGCUGGUCAGAGCUGUCCUCGAGGACACCUCCCUGAGGACAAGCAGUGGGACAGAGUUCACCCUGCGCAGGGGGGACAGGGUGGCUCUGUUCCCACACAUCUCCAUGCAGAUGAACCCAGAAAUCCACGAGGAGCCUCACAAAUUUAAGUACGACCGUUUUGUAAACCCAGACGGCACCAGGAGAGAUUUCUACAGAAACGGGAAGAAGCUGAAAUUCGUCAGCAUGCCUUGGGGGGCAGGAGUUUCCACCUGUCCCGGGCGCUUCUUUGCUACUGCUGAAAUGAAAUUGUUUGUGUUCUUGAUGCUGAGUCACUUUGACCUGGAGCUGGUCGAUGAGGAGGAGGAGAUCCCAGCCAUAGACAUCAGCCGCUGGGGAUUUGGGACCAUGCAGCCUGUCCGCGACGUUCGCUUCAGACACCGGCCACGCUUCUGA